AUGAUGGCUUCAACAAUUCCCAGUAGGGCUCACCAGGGUUGGAUGGCCUCUGGUGAGACGUCCAAGCUUCCGACCAUCACUGCGAGCGCACAUCGUCCCGAAAAUCAGCCGCUUGGCUGCCGCACCUGGCAUACUGGGCAGAACAACAGCAAACACUCUCUUUUCCGCCACUUUUCUCCGGCCGCUUCACUACAGCGUCUCCCACAGCAGUGCCUGUGA